AUGUUUUGUCUCUUCUACGAUAGUGGGACAAGGAAAGUGCAUGGGAUCAACGGGUCUGGGCGUGCUCCCAUGAGUCUGACCCUCGAUACAGCUCGAAGACUAUUGGCAAUUCCACCGCGCGAGCCCGGGAGGAUCCCACUCAACAGUGUUCUGGCAAUCACGACACCAGGGGCAGCCGGUGGGUGGGUGGAUACUAUUGAAAGAUUUGGAAGCAGGAACCUGUCGCUUGGGCAGAUCUUGAAGCCGGCAAUUUCACUUGCUGAAGAUGGGUUUCCUGUGUCGGAGGUAUCGGCACGUUUGUGGCAAGAAAAUGAGAACUCGCUGAGAGAGGCGUCUCCCAAUUAUUGCGCACUGCUGAAGACCGCUGCUGGACCGGACCAAGCGGCUCGUGCGCCUGUAGCGGGCGAAAUCAUGACCAACCCCGACCUUGCGCAGACCUUCCGUACCCUCGCCGUGAAGGGAAAAGAUGGGUUCUACAGAGGUCAUGUCGCAGAUGCCAUGGUGGAAGCGGUCAAAGAGCGCGGUGGAUUCCUUACCCACGCCGACCUCUCUUAUCAUGUGGACAGGGGAGACAGAAUAACCAGUCCACUCAGUGUUCGGUUCAAGAACACGGUCGAUGUCUGGGAGCAUCCUCCGAACGGGCAAGGUCUCAUUGCACUCAUGGCACUCAGAUUGCUCGAGGAAUUGGAACGGGCCGGGAAAAUCCGUCCCUUGCUCAGCCUCCGACACAAUUCCGCCGACUACAUACAUACCCUGGUUGAAGUCUUCCGCAUUGCCUUCGCAGACGCCUCCUGGUGGAUCAGCGAUCCCAUCCACUCGGAGAUUCCCGAUCUCCUAUCAACUCCAUACAUAAAAGAAAGGGCACGCCUCUUCAAUUCAACCAUGGCCUCCACACUCAUGUCCCAUGGCAGCCCCGCCUUGCACUCAUGCGACACUGUUUAUUUCGCCCUCGUCGACCGGUACGGCAAUGCUGCCUCUGUCGUCAACAGCAACUACCACGGCUUCGGAACCGGGAUCGUUCCACGCGGGUGUGGCUUCUCGCUGCAGAGCCGCGGUGCCAAUUUCUCUCUGACGCCUGGCCAUCCGAACUCUCUGGCGCCAUGUAAGCGACCAUACCAUACGAUUAUUCCUGCGAUGGCUACGAAUCCGAAGGACGGGUCGUUGAAUACCGUAUUCGGGAUCAUGGGUGGGUUCAUGCAGCCGCAGGGGCAUGUGCAGCUGCUGAUGAAUAUGCUUCUUUUCGGGAUGAACCCGCAGCAGGCACUCGAUGCACCGAGAGUGUGCAUUGGGUCGAUGGGACAUCAACACAUCGAAAGCGCCAGCGAAAGGACAGUGUACGUCGAGGAAGGUGUGGACUUGGGAGCUGUAGAGGAGCUACGCGGACGGGGUCAUCUAGCGGAGAUUGUUUGCGGGUGGGACAGGGAGAUCUUCGGGAGAGGGCAGAUUAUACGGGCGUUUCGUGGCGAGGAUUCCCGAUCAGUGCUCGAGGCGGGAAGUGACUUGAGGGCUGACGGUAUGGCGCUUCCAGUGUAG